UGGAGGUGACGGUUGUGCUUGGGGGGGGGAGGCUCUCAGGUGACGGUGGUUGGGGCAGGAAAAAGGUGGACAUGUCAAUGUCAUGACAUGUCUGUUUACAGUGUGUUUGCUUGUUUUUGUUCUGCCACUCGGCGUUUGGUCGGGGUGUAGGGUACGCUUGAGGAAAUCAUCUCUGGCUUGGGGAAGACAUGUUCGAUGAUCUUGUGUUUGUGCAAGGCUGAAGAAGGCUGGAAACACCGGCUGGCACAAAAACCUUUUGGCACAGGUAGGCAUGCAGGCGGCAUACGUUGAACAUGAUGCAAAGUGAGAAUCGUUGGAAACUGUUUUCUCUUUUUCCCUGGCAUUCUGCAAAAUGUAUUCACUAGAGUUCACUAGAUGAUGCAAGUACUGCAACGUGUUCAAUGUUGUUGUUGAUGCGAAUGAGACGAACGCACAUGGGUGACAGACGUCAAUGGCAGUCGAUUUCUCGGUGUCCACAUCUUCCGAAGCUGAACCCGCACGAAACGCACGGUGUCCAGCGAGCCGACCUGGGCCGGGCUCGAAAAGCACAGAACGGUGGCGCCUUCGUGAGGCUAGUGAAUCAGCUGGACCAUCAGAAGAACACUCCCCUGAUGGAUGCCGCGUUUUUGGGUCGCUGCCUCAUUGUGAAGGAGCUCAUCGCACAUGCUGCAGAGGUCACAGGAAAGAAUGCCGAUUUGAUGAACCCCCUGCAGUUGGCCUGCGUCAACGAAGGUGCGGGCAACGGCGACGUGGUCACCGCGCUCGUGGAGGCCGCGGCGGACGUGGGCGCCAUGUGUUGGCAGACCACACCGCUGAUGGCGGCCGCCGACAGCGGGCACAUUUGGGCAUUGCACACGCUCAUCGACAUGGGGGCAGACCCCUGGCAAAUGAACGGUUCCGGCUACACCGCGCUGGACUAUGCGCGGGAUAUGGAGACGGCGGAGUUCUUGUAUUCGCUGAUGGAAGGUGAUAAGCUCUCGAACCAGGCCGCCCCCAGGAUCGAUGUGCCUCGGCCGAUGACCGGGUGGACCGGGACGAGCUCGGGGACCGAGCGAACGGGCGGUUCGGAGAGGUGGACCCGCGCUGUGGUCUGGUCUCCUUUUAUUGGGGACGGAGUCUCAAACUGGAUGGGGAGGGACUCCAAGGAGACUUGAAAGGGUGGGGUAACAGUAACGAAGGGACUUCACGAGUGGUUCUGUGAUGUUUUUGGGCCUUCAGGGGUUUGUGACCGCAGGCUGUGACGGUUGGUUUUGACAUGUUUUGACCAAAGGAGAGCCAUGGCGAAGGGGCAGCACAAAUGGCACGAAUUGGAGGGUCUCAGAGGUUUGUGCUUUCAGAAUCCAUACUAAACUGGAACCAACCAAGUAGGUCUCACUGGCGCAACUGGCAAGAAGCUGUUUGUCUAUCUAUGAUUGAGUUUGCUUCUUUACUCCAACUAACAUCCCCAAAGUUUGUGCCAUGUCAUUCCAAAAGACCACCCGAGGCCAGACUCAACUAACUCUCUUCAGAUGGCUCAUGGUUCUUCAGCCCACACUGCUCCCCCCCUCAACCCAUCCACCUGCGCAUCCCUUCACUCUCCACACCUCCAGAGAGCUCACUCCCG